AUGCUCUUUGGAGACGAGUACGAGAUCGACGUUCGACUCUACCUUCACUUCGAUGAUGACAUCAUGGUCAACGCUCUCGCAAGAAGGCUUCGAACAGCGGUCGAGCGAGACGACCUGAGACGUGCUCCUAACUAAACGAGGAGGAGGAGGCGCUUUUUUUUCUUGUCGGUUCCUUUCGUUGUUUUAGUUUUCCUCUCUCACAGUAGUAGUCAUUGAUCAGCCGGUCGUUUCUCGCAUUGGUUUUUGGUAUGAUACAUGUAUGUAUAUGAAGACUGGUGUAGUACGAACGCAUUGUAUACAACAUUCUCUUCGCUCCUUUUUUUUAAGUCUUUCUUGUGUGAUAUUGUACUGAAGUUGUGACGAGGGGGAACAAACUGUUGUAGCAAUCACACGAUACUUCACUCUACUUUCCCACCGGACCUUUCGCAGGCGUGAACAACACCACGGAAGCUACCGCUGUCACGACCACGUACGAUCGCCUCUUCUCGUGCAAAAAGGCGAUGGAGGCUGUCAUGGUGAAACACAACCUCGGCAACGACGCCUCCAAGGUCACAGCUAAGAUGCUCUCAGACGCUUACAAAAAGGUGUGGUUUUAUUAUGUUUAUAUGCCGUCUUUUUAUUUUUUUUGUCGUUGCCUUGCCAUCUUGGAACCUUGUCUUGUGGUGUGGUGCACUUGUGUUUCUUCGUCCGUCAGCUCUCUUCCUUCAAAUUUAAAUAUGUGGUUGUUUUACAGUACUACAUGCUGUUGCUGUUGUUGCGUCUUUCACGCGACCACCAAGAGCUUCUUCUCCCUGUGCCGAACUUGAAUAAUGCCAUGUGAAUGAUGGAAGAAAGAGUGGUGGUAUAAUAUGAUUUCAGUACUUCACUUGUUUUUCUUCAAUUUCGUACGUACAGUUAUUGUCGGAUGGCAACAACAAUUAAUAGUGGUCGUUACAUAUUUUGCUGUGUAUUUCGACAUCUUUUACGUCAUGCCCGCCAGCUUGCUUUCGCCCCCUCAUUGCCUUCCGUUCUAUUUUGUUCCUUUAUUUUCAGCUUUGCUUUUCAGGUAGAGCAAAGCCUUUGCCUCGGUCCUCAAUACGUUCCCUGUCUCGAGGUCUUCAUAGCUCUGCCCCGCACGCAUCCAUGCUUCGAAAAAUUAUUCAUGUUUACCACUUUACGGUGCUGUGUCUGUGCUGUGUCCGUGAAUAUGUUUCCGUACUUGUAUGCUUGAAGAGCGGGGACUCACCGCCCAGCAACCCGACUCUUUGUGGCUACAAGAGGCUCGUGAUUGGGCUCAAGGCUCCUGCGUUUGCGGCAUUGAAGGCGGUGUCGGAAAGCGAGGAGAAGGGCGUGGAUAUCGGAUGCUUGUCGAAGAGUCUCCUCGACUGCGACGCUGUUCUCAAGUUCCCUCCCGGACGCGAGUUCGAGCAGUCUCUCCUCAUCCACAUCCUUGCGAGGUACCAUAUUUAUUUCGCGGACCAAGCACCCCAACCAUUCCUGAAUAGGUUAUUGUGUCCGACAUCAUCGCUCUUGUUUCACGCACUUGGAAAAGUGUGAUCUCGCUUGCCAAAUUAGAUUUCUAUCGGUUUCAUGCCUCUGACGUCUAUUUUUCUGGAGGUUCUGAACAACGCUUCUUCCAACCGCUCGCGCUUGUCGUGCUAUCCACUAGGUUUAAGACCAACGAACCG